AUGGCACCAAAAAGACUAUGCCACUUUAAUGAAAAUUUACAAAAAGAAUUUCCAUUCAUUAAAAAACAAAAACAUAAUGAUGAUUUUAACGUGCAGUGUACAACUUGUCAAGGAACCUUCUCUGUUAGCCACGGUGGACGAUCAGAUAUUAAUGAUCACCUUAAAAGUCAGAAACACAAAUUGGCCUCCAGAGCAUCACUGCAGUCUGGUAAAGUUUCAAACUUCUUUUCUAAACUAAUUCCUGAUAAAAAUGAUUUCGCGUUAGCAGCUCGUGAAGCUACUUUCGCAUAUCAUACGGUAAUUCAUAAUCAGAGUUUCCGAUCAAUGACAUGCACUUCAGAUUUGAUUCGUCAAUUAUUAAAUGACAAAAAAUUUACAUGUGCCAAAACAAAAACCAGAGAAAUAAUUGUAAACGUUAUUAGUCCGUAUAUUGUUGAUAAUAUCGUUAAAGAAUUGCGUUCUGCCAAAUUUAUCUCGGUUUUAGUUGAUGGUUCAAAUCAUAAAUCAAUAAAAUUAGUACCAAUUCUUGUCCGUUAUUUUUUGCCUGACGUUGGUAUAAAAAAUAAAAUACUCGAAUUUUCAAAUUUGCCUGGUGAAACGUCCGAUUUGAUAACUAAAAAAAUUAUAGACGUUCUUACAAAAUUUGGACUAAAAGAAAAAAUUGUAGCUUUGUCAGCGGAUAAUACAAAUACAAAUUUUGGCGGAGUAGCUAGGAAAGGGAAAAACAAUGUUCACACAAAACUUCAGACUGAAUUAAAUAAAAAAAUACUUGGAUUAGGCUGCUGUGCUCAUAUAUUACAUAACGCUAUACAAUGCGCCUCAGAUAGUUUACCUAUAGACGUUGAAGCCAUAACAGUUAAACUUUUUGGUUAUUUUCAUAUUUACACUGUUCGCGUGGAAAAAUUAAAAGAAUUUUGCGAAUUUGCAGAUGUUCAGUAUCGGGAUAUUUUAGCACAUACUAAAACAAGAUGGCUAUCAUUAUUACCUGCUAUUGAUCGAAUUAUUUUAAUGUUCAGUGGUUUAAAGUCAUACUUUCUUUCGCAAGACUCAAGUCCUAAAAUAUUAGUUGAUUUUUUUAAAAAUGAUAAGGCACUGUUGUAUAUGAAGUUCAUACAAAGUAUGCUCAGACUAUUUAAUAAUUAUAUACAAAAAAUUGAAGGAGAACACAUUUCUGCUUUCGAGUUGAUAGAUAUACUAAGUAGUUUAAUAAAUAAUUUAGAAAACAGGAAGAACGAACAUUUUAUUAACAGUGAAAUUGAAAAUAUAAUAAAAGUACUCGAAGAAGAAGGAUGCUCAAUAAAAAAAGAGUUUGAUACAGGAAGUCAAAUAUUUUUUGACUUGUGUAUAAAAUACAUACAAAAGUGGACAAUGUCUAAUCAGACAUUAUUAACUGAAUUAGAUUGGUUAAAUUUAACAAAAAAACAUACCGUUACAUGGCAGAAUGCCAAGAACACAUUAAAUUCUCUUUCCGAAUUCGUUGUAGUUAACGAAGAUGAUUACUUUGAUGAAUUUAUGUCAUUUUUAAAUAUUUUUCAAGAAAAAUUCGAUGAAUGGACAAAAAAUUCUAUUUCAUUAGAACAAAAAUGGUUACAAAUAUUUAAGUUAUUUAAAGAAAAAGACGUGGGUAUUUCAAAUCUUGCAGCAGUUGUUGAAUUUGCAUUUUGUUUGCCAGGUUCAAAUGCAUCAAUAGAACGAGUGUUUUCAUUGAUGACUUCCACUUGGACCGACGUCCGUAAUCAAAUGGAUGUGGCAACUGUAGAAAGUUGUUUGAUUACCAAAACAUACGGUUUAAGUUGCAUGGAAUUUCAUGACGAAAUUAUAAAAAAUCAAUCGUUUCUGAAGAACGUCCACAGCACGCAAAAAUACACGAUGACAGCUGAAGAUAAAGUUUAA